AUGAAGGUGGGUAACAUUAAUGUGAUGACCCUUACAGGGAAGGUGGAAGAGUUGAUAGACUUCAUGGAAAAGGAGAACAUAGAGCUGAUGGGACUUAGAUGGAUGGGAAGAGGAAGGAGGAAAAGGAAAGGCUACACGCUCUACUGGAGUGGUGGACAAGAAGCCAAAAAUGGAGUAGAUGUGGAAGCAAUAGAAACGGGUGACCUUAAUGUGCAAGUAGGCAAAGAAAAGCUAGGAAAGGAGGAGAUAAUUGGCUCAUAUGGAUAUGGGAGGGAAAAUGAGGAAGGAGAGAAACUGUUUGAUUUAUAUGAAAGAGACAGGCUGAUUGUGGGCAACACAUGGUUCCGUAAAAAGAAUAGGCUAAAGAUAACGAGGUAUGUAUGGGGUGAUAGACAGACAAAGACGGUCAUCGAUUACUUUCUGGCGGAAAAGAAAAAUCGGAGAGAGUUGACGGAUGUAACUGCACUCCCAGGAAAGGCUUCUGAUGGAGACCAUCGAGUGGUGGUGGCAAAGAUGAGAUUUGAUGAAUUGAAAGACAUAAAGGAAGAAAGGGAAAGUAAAAUAAAAGUGUGGAAACUAGAGCAUGGUAUGGUACACGAAAAGCUUAAGGAGUUACUUAAAUGUACAAUUCCUGACACGGAAUAUGGCAAUGUGGAAGAGGAAUGGGGUAAGUUCAAAGAAGAGUUUGUAAGCUCUGCUGAGAAGACCUGCGGCAGAGUGACCGGAAGAGUAAAGGAAAAGGAGACACCAUGGUGA